UCAACUUCUUCAGCAUGAACAAUAUAAAGCCUAUUUACCAGGCUAUAAAAUCUCGCAGAUUAAUAUAACACUUAAAUAGUACUUUAAUUGAUAAACAGAUACACAUGCCAGUCUUAGUGUAGUAUCGUAGUAGUUGGGUAGUACAAUGCAUCACCUAAAUAUUAUAAUUGGAAUAUCUAUAGCAAUCAGUUUUGCAGAGGCUGUUCCUGUUUUAGACCAUUCUCAUCACCGAUACAAAAGAAACAAUGGAUUGAAAACUCAAUCUCCUGAUGACCGGGACAGUUGUAAGCCAGGUGUAGCUUCUCCUGUAACUAGAGUGAACACCACAGAAAGAUUGAAAGCAUUAAGAGACUUGUUUACUGGUAAUGGAAUUGAUGGCUAUAUUAUACCCUCAGGAGAUGCUCAUCAGAGUGAAUAUCCCUCAGAUUAUGAUCUUAGAAGAGGAUACAUCUCUGGGUUCAGUGGCUCAGCAGGAACUGCUAUUGUCCUGAAGACGAAAGCAGCUCUAUGGACAGAUGGGAGAUAUUAUCUAGCUGCUGAAGAUGAACUGGACUGUAACUGGAUACUAAUGAGAGCAGGUGAAAGUGAUACACCAACUAUGACACAGUGGUUAAUAGAUAACCUUGGUGCCACAAAUGGCACUGUUGGUGCUAGUCCUUUCUUUACAAGCAGUAGUUCCUGGUUGUCAAUGGAGAGUACUUUAAAGGAAGGGACAGUUAAUAUGAAACAAGUUACAAAUGAUUUAAUUGACCAGAUUUGGACAACCGGCCGACCUUCUGAACCCAACAGUACAAUAAAUGCCUUACCUAUGGAAUAUGCAGGACGUUCAUGGCAAGAUAAAAUAACUGACAUGCAUACAGCUAUGGCUGAACAGAAUGUAGACACCUUGAUUGUAACAGGACUUGAUGAAACAGCAUGGUUGUUUAACUUAAGAGCUAAGGACAUUGCCUUUAAUCCUUUCUUCAUAUCAUAUGCUAUUGUUGAUAGAAAAAACAGUAAAACAAGGCUUUUCUUGAAUCAUAAGAACAGAAAGUUAACAGAAAAUUCAACAGAUGAUGCCACGAAGCAGAAACUUCAUAUACAUCUUAAUACAGGGAAUACUGGUGAUUGUAAUGGUAUGAGUGGAACCUGUGUAGAGGUAGUUGAUUAUAGCACAAUGCUAACAGAAGUACAGAAUAUAAAUACAGAUUCUAGUAUCAGUCAAGUUUGGGUGGCAUUCCAAUGUAAUUAUGCUCUAUAUUCAGCUCUUAGUUCAAAGAAAGUUCAUCAAGCUAACACUCCAGCUGCCUUGAUAAAGACCAGAAAGAAUGCAGUAGAACAACAAGGAAUGAGAAAUUCACAUAUUAGAGAUGCAGUUGCACUGAUUACCUUCAUAGCAAAUUUAGAGAAAACUAUGAAAGAUGGUACAAAGGAAUGGACAGAGGUAUCAGCAGCAUUAGACCUCAAAGAGCAUAGAUUCAAUGCUGCACAUAACAGAGGUUUAAGUUUUCCAAGUAUAUCUGGAAGUGGACCUAAUGGGGCAGUUAUACAUUAUUUUCCGACACCAGCUACUGAUAGGAAAUUAAGUGUCAAUGAAAUGUAUUUGUUAGAUUCUGGUGGCCAGUAUUUGGAUGGAACAACAGAUGUGACAAGAACAUUCCAUUUUGGUACUCCUACAGACUACCAGAAAGAAUGUUACACUCGUGUCCUCAUGGGUCAGGUUGACCUGGCCAGAUUUAAGUUUUACAAGGGGCCCCAUGGUCCCUAUGGACGUGAAAUUGAUGCAAUAGCCAGAAGACCAUUAUGGGAUGUAGGUUUAGAAUACAGACAUGGCACAGGGCAUGGUAUAGGGUCAUAUCUCAGUGUACAUGAAGGUCCAGGAAGAAUUUCCCUAUCUCAUGCCAGUUUUGCUAGUGAUGAGAAGCUGGAUGAGUUUAUGUUUUUCUCUGAUGAGCCUGGUUAUUAUGAAGCUGGCCAAUUUGGUAUCAGAUUAGAAAAUAUUGUCAUGGUAACAGAGGCAGAAACUACAUACAACUUUAUGAACAGUACCUUUCUGACAUUUGAAACAGUUACUCUGGUACCCUAUGAACCAAACUUGAUUGACUAUGAUUUGUUGAGUCCAGAACAGAUUCAAUGGAUAAAUACAUACCAUUCGACAGUACAGAAAAAAAUAGGUCCUUUGGUCAGCAGUGAUCCAGUUGCAUCAGAAUGGUUGAGUUCUCGAACACAGAUAGUAAUGGGACGUACAAACAUGGGAGAUAAUCUUCAUACAAACUUAGCCUUCCUCGUAUUGUGUGCUAUACUGACAACAAUAUUGUAAAAUAAUCCAAAAUAUAUUAUGUGUAAAUUUCUACUUGUACAAAAUUUAUAUUUAAAAUCUUUUUAUUUGUUUCUAUACAUUUGGAUUUUGUUGAAUUGUUUAAUAAAAAUACGAUUGAAACUCAAUAUCAUAUCAUUCAGAUAGAUCUUUGGUUGAAGAAUGCAUCAUGGGAAUAAAAAUAAUAGUCUUUUAUUUAUCUGUUGUAAAUUCUGUCAAGAUUCUGAACUAUUAGAAAGAUAUAAGCAAUAUGAACAACAAAAUACCUUGUGGAUUAUUGAAUCCUUACUAGUUGAUUCGUGGGUUUAAAUCCUAUUAUAUAAAUGUGAUUCUCAAAUUUAAGUAUUCAACCAAAUACUAAUUCCUAAUAGGUAUAUAUGCAGAUUGUGUGAAAACCACUAAAUCAAGUAUGUAGGUUUUUCCUCAUUUAACAAAAAUUGGUACCAAGGAAAGAAAAUUUGAAUUCAAAGUAAACACUUUCCUUUGCAAAUUUCUUGAUUAAUGAUUUUAUAUUUUUUGUAUUAUUGAUCAAGACUAGAUGGAUGUUUUUCUUUCCUAUGCACUUCAUUUAUAAUAUAUCCAUAUGUUUUAUCCAUUGUAAAAAUAACAUCAUUGUUAAAUACACCUGUACAUUCAAAAAUAUUUUAUGUAAUAUAAAUAAAAUAAUUUUCUUUA